AAACAUUACCCAAAGAUUAUAGUUUUUUUGGCUUUUAUAAGUACCGUUUACAACAGCCUGAUUUCGUAUGCUCGCUUAGAAAAGAGUCCUUAAACCUCAAGAAAGAUCUCAAAACAGCUGUAAAAAAUGAUUCAACAGAAAUCAAGACGGCCGCAAUCGAGUUAUUAAAAAUUUUCAAGGAACAUGUGGCUUGCCAAGUAUUGUCAACAGAAACAAUAGAGGCAACUCCAAUAACGAAGUUUUUUGACUAUUUUUUAAUUAUAUCUUUCAUUCCAAAUAUCAUAAGAUCUGUAAGAAGUGAAAAUGAGACAUUUGAAGAAGAGAAUUCUGAUGUUAUACCAGUUUUAUUAAUGGAAGUUUUCUUCAAAAUUCAACAACAAGAACGACAACAUACUAUGAAUGAGAAUAAACAAAAUGAUAGUGACUUUGAGGAUCAGAAUAAUGAUAAGAAUAUAAAAGAAACUAUUUAUAAAAUCAGCGGGCAACGACUAACAGAAGCAUUAAAGGCAGAAUAUAAAAAGAUAUAUAAUAAAAUGGACAAUGAAUUAAAAUAG